CACGAGGCAAUUUGCAGGGUACAAUUUGCAGGGAACAAUUUGUAACGAAAUUGGGUGUAGACGCUACACAUCCCAAUUUAUCAGUAGAGUUGUUGAUUUCCGAGUGCGUGUAGUAUCUCACCAUGGCUCCCUCAAAGCGCCAAAAAAUUGGUAUAGCAUUAGCAUUAGUGACAUUAGACUCUGAUGAAAAGAAAAAGAGAAGAAAGUACUGGACAAAACAAUGGUUGCUAAAAAGAAGUCAAUUUUCUCAUACAAUUUUAAUGAAGGAAUUGGAAGCAGAGGACUUUAAAAACUUUUUACGGAUGGAUAGUAACUGUUUUGAAGAACUUCUUAAUAUGGUGGGGCCUUUAAUUGCCAAACAAGACACUUUAAUGAGAUCCAGCGUUAGUGCCACACAACGAUUAAUUGUUACUUUGAGGUAUCUGGCUACCGGAAGAAGUUACGAAGACCUAAAAUUUAGCGCAGUUAUAUCCCCGCAACUCCUAUCUAGUAUAAUUCCAGAAACAUGUUGGGCUAUCUACAAUUGUUUGAAACACUAUAUAAAGAUGCCAACAACAGAAGAAGAAUGGAAACGUGUCGCCAACCAAUUUGAAACCAAGUGGAAUUUUAGUCAUUGUUUAGGGGCUAUGGACGGAAAACACAUAGCAAUACGGAAGCCACCACACAGCGGUUCUGCGUAUUACAAUUACAAAAGCUUUUUUAGU